AUGCCUUCAUCAAUCAGCUUUUCCGCUGGUACAGCGACAAAUACACCCAACAGCUCCAUCUACACACGUCCUCAAAAGAAACAGAAGAUGAGCAUCACCCAAACCUACUUCCUCGCCCACAGUGCCCGCGGCAAGCUCUCUCGAGAGGCUGCCCGGCCUGACCACGACCUCCGGCUCCUUGUCGGACACGCCAACAUGCUUGACUCUCUCAUGCUUGAUCUCGCCAAUGCCGAGCAGGAGCAGGAGCGAUGGUUCAACAACAUCGUCUCAGGAUCAUCUAAAGCCGAAGAAGAUGAGGAGGAAGAAAGCCAACAAUCCCACAUUGAGACCAUUGUGGAGGAGCCUGAGGCCGAUUGGAAAGUCGAGGAUGCCGAGAGCUCCGACGACGAAUCCGAGGAUGAGGAUGAGGAGAAGCCCAUCACCAACAUCACUUCCAUCGAAGUGGACUCCGAUAUGGAGGAUGACGACGAAACUGAUGGAGACCUCGUUCUCACUCGCACGGCCUCUCGACAUUCACCGCCAGAGCUCAGUCUGGACACCGACUCGUCAGACUCAGACGACGACCACAUGCCUCCCUCACCACCCGCAACCACAUUGGAGGUCCUAAGCGAGAAGCAACGGCAAGCAAUUGCCACGACUUCCUAUUACGAUGCCAAAGACUCCUCGUCCUCGCUAUCAGCCGCCGAGUCGGAAACCCUAGAGCAACAGGGUUUCUAUUUACCGUCAAGGCAACAGCCGACCAUAAUCGCUGCCUAUUGA